AUGCUCAAGGGCAAUUCAGAGUCCGGAAAGGAGAGGUGCGAACCGCCUCGGGCGCUGAUAGGUCCGCUCCUUCAUCGCCAGAGGGAGGGGUCACACUUCACUGUAAGUGUGUUUACGGUCACAUCGAGAAGUGUGACUGCACGCUGGAGUACGUACCCUGGAGCCAACUCUUACAAAGUCACAGCCACCCCAAAAAACUCAAACGAGGGACCAGUUUUUGCAACUUUUGGUGGAAAUAUCGUGAUGGGUUCAGUGAGAUCACUUCAACCAAACACCAUGUAUAUCGUACGCGUGGAUGCCAUGGACAACCACAACUUGUUGAACAGCGCAACGCUCGAGACACUGACAGCCCCGGAGGUGCCAACCAUUAACCAGGCCUACUCCAAGCACAGCGACAGCAUCACAGUGGAGUUUACAGAGGUGACUGGAGCCACCGAGUACGUCCUUCGCGCUCAGACGCUGGACGGACAGUUCUUCAAAGAGAUGUCAGUCGGUAGCUCCCCGGGCACCAUCAUUGGACUCGAACCCUACACCGAGUACUCUCUGAACGUUCUGUCUGUCAACGGGGGAGGGAGAAGCCAGCCAUCAGUGCCCCGUGUUGUCAGAACAGUGGUGGAAGCCAUGGUCAUGAACACCACCUCCCCCAGCAACAGCACCAUCUUUGUCAGCUGGGAGCCCGUGGACCACGCGGUGCUGUACAGCCUCAUCAUCAUCAGAGAGGGCUCGGAUAGCCGCAUGAAGGUCAACACCACCAGCACCGACCACACCUUCUCCAACCUGGAGCCCGGCACACGCUACUCCAUCAAGGGCAACGGCUGGGACGCGGAUGGCAACAUGGGUGACGAACGGACCGUGUACCAGAUCACACGCCCCCUCAGUCCAGAUGAUGUGAGCUUGUCCCUGACACCUGGUCGCUUCAUGGGCAUGACGGUGGCCUGGGCGGACGUCCGCGGUGCCGAGAUGUACCAGGCCCGCACCUCCAUGGAGCAGAACUGCAGCUCCGACAACGAGAACUACUGUGUCAUCUCCUCGCUCACCUGCGGCCAGAACCUCACCGUCACCGUCACGGCGGAGAACGACGGCGGCCCCAGCAUUCCGUCCGAGCCCGAGGAGUUCAUCACCUUCCCGUGCCCCCCUGACUCCAUCUGGGUGGAGGAGCGCGAGGCCGGCGUGUGCUCGGUCAUGUGGACUGCGGUGGACUACGCCGACUACUACAUGGCCUUUGUGAAGAGCGACGACGGCUCAGAGGAGCGCUGCAACACUACGGGGACCGUCUGCCAGUUCAGCUGCCUGUGCGGCUUCACCUUCUUCCCCACCGUGUUCGCCCACAACCAGGCCGGCGUCAGCGCCCCGGGCCCCGUGCUCACCUACACCACAAUUCCUUGUUGUCCAGAGGACGUGUUUGUGUCCCUGAUCUCCACGGAAACGCUGGAAAUCCAGUGGUCAGCGGUGCGAGGGGCGGAGCUUUAUGAGACGACGGCGGCCGACCAGACGGAUCCCAUCAUCCAGUGCAACGACACGGCGCCGGUGUGCGCGCUGUCCGACCUCACAUGCAACAGGCGUUACAGCGUGGUGGUCAGGCCAUGCAGCGAGAUCCGGGGCUGCAACAACACCUGCAGAGCACAUGUACAGGAGACAGCUCCUUGUACCCCUGAGAUCUUCAACAUCACCCAGCUGGGCGUGUCGCAGGUGCGUGUCCACUGGACGGCGUCCAACGCGGAGGCCAACUACACGGUGAGUGCGGUGGGCCGCACGGACACGCACCAGUGCCACGCGUCGUCGGGCUCGUGGUGCGACAUCUCCAACCUGCCGUGCGGCACCACCUACGAGGUCAGCGCCUACGCCACCACCUCCGCGGGCCGCAGCCUGCCCAGCUACUCGCAGACACUCGAGACAGAGCCCUGCUGUCCUAACGAUCUGGUGGUGGAGCAGGUGACGCAGGCCAUGUCUCGGGUCACCUGGUCGACGGCCACGGGCGCUCGCUCCUACAUCACGUCGCUCACCUCGCCCAAGGGCCACGCCAAGUGCCACACCAUGAACACAGAGUGCAUCAUGGGAUGCAUCACCUGUGGCACCAACUACACGGUCACCCUCGAGGCCAUCAGCAAAACGGGCCACAAGAGAGAGUGCCAGUACCAAGGCUUCUCGUCAAAGCCCUGCUGCCCCUCGAGCGUGAAGCUGUACCGCAUGGCUAACAACACUCUGCGGGUGUACUGGCGGUCGUCGGGCAGCCUGCACAACCACGUGGCCGACCUGUACGGCACCAGCUCCAACUACACCUGCUCCCCGCCCGCCGGCUCCAACUACUGCGACGUCUCCGAGAUCAUCUGCGGAGAGGUGUACACCGUGGUGGUCUCCCCGCUCGCCCAGGACGGAAACAAGAUCUCCUUCUGUCCCAGGAGGAUGUACUCUGUGUCAUGCUCAGGAAAUACUCUAGGAAUGGUGAUCUAUCGAGGAAAGCGGAGUGUGGAUUAACCAGAAGUUAAAAUCCAAGGACCUGAAUGAAGAAGAAGCAAUUAUUUUAAUAGUCAUGGAAUCGAAUAAUCGUUUUUAUUGUUUUUAGACACUUCUCCUAUUGGACACACUGUAGCCGUUUUGUUUUCUGAAAUGAAAUAUUAAUAUUGUCUUGUGUUGAAUCCUUAACUAUUGGAUCAUCAUUGGCAUCAUGUUCUACAUUUUAUUUGGAGUCCAUGGUAACGUUAGGCUACUAUCUUAAUGUAUCUUUCAUCUGAGGAUGUCUCUUAAAAACUUUUCAAACAACCUACAAGUGGGCUACAAAGGUUUUUGAAAAGCAAUUGUUUAUGAUGGCCUGUUUAAAUAAAAUCAGAACUUGGCGAGAGGAGUUUUUUCGCGGAACUGAACUAUUUUCUCAGUCUCGGUAUCCCCUGCUGCUUUUGCUGGGAAGAAUCUCUUCUCAGAAUAAUCUAAUUUCAGAUACCAGUUGGAUUAUGAAUUUUGUUGUCAAACUAGCUCUAAAUUAUGCAACUUUACUUACUAUGUGAAAACAAAUGUGGCCCAGGUUGUUAGGUAAAUUCAGGAGUCAGGAUGACCAAUUUCAUAUACAUGUAUACUGUGGACUAAACAACAACAAAUGUUUACCCCAAGUCAAGUGCCUCCUAUAGAUGAUUUGACGUGGUGUCUUUGAGGUGUACUGUGAUUCUGAAAAAAAGGUUUGGGUGAACACAAAAACAGCUUGCCUGCCAUUUCUGCAUCAGUACCAGUUAGCCUGUUGAUGCCCAUAUCUUUAGGAUGUCUUCAAAUGUAUGUUGACUACUGCU